AUUAAUUGUUUCGCCAAAACGAAUGUAAAAAAACUUUCUAUUUGCAGAUACGCCGCCGCUGCCGAAACAAGUUUGGCCGCCUCUGAAACUCCAACGCCCGCCGCUACCGAAACGAUUAACCCAAACCCUAAUUCGGUUUUCUGAUAAUCCUAUAUAUUGCAGCAGCUAUGCUGAUAAUCUCAUUCACAGUUAGAGAUCAUGUCUUCUGGCCGUUCAAUUCCAACAUCCAUAGAAUCAGCGACUUGCCGGAUUCAAUUCUCUCUCACAUUCUCUCUUUCCUUCCAACCAAAUUCGUUGCAACCACAAGCAUUCUCUCAAAGAGAUGGAAACCGGUAUGGCUCUAUGUCCUUAUUCUCAACUUCGAUGACAAAGCAUUCAAUCCUAAUUUGGUCAAAGUAAGGAUUAAUUAUGAUAUGGAUAAUCUGAUCACUUUGGUUUCUAAGGCAAAUAUUUUGCAUAUAAGUCAGAUAUAUGGGGUGACUUGGAAAACACUUCCCAUGUUUCCCAAUUUGACUCACAUGGAACUUGAUUCUAUUCAUAGCUCACUACGGGAGAGGAGGGAGUGCAGGUCGAUGUUAGAAAUACUCCCACAUUUUCCCAAACUUCAACAUUUUAAGAUUUGGUUUAUAUUUUAUAAUUUUCCGGGUGCAAUGGAUAUUUGUUCUGAAUGUUUGAUGGUUCCACCCAAUUCCACCAUUGCUCCAGAAUGUCUUCUGUCACAGCUUAAAUCAUUUAGCAUUAAAGGGUACACAGGGAGAGAAUGCGAGUUCAAAUUUGUAAAAUAUAUUUUGCAACAUUCAAAAGUAUUAGAGACUAUGACAAUCAAGAGUACCUGCCUUGAAAAGAAACAAAUGAUUAUGAAGUUAUCUUCGUGCACAAGAAGCUCUACAACAUGUAAACUUCUAUUUGGUUGAUGAUGACAAUUAUGUCAAGGUUCUUUUUGAAGAAUGUAGUGGUUUUUCAUGAAAGAAAUUUUUGGGAGUAAUAUUAUAUACUUUUUCUUAGUGUAAAGAGAGAGACCAAUUCAUUUAAUCAAAAUUCUACUUUUUUAUUUAUUUUAGUGUAUAUAGUAUGAUUGUUAAUUCUACGAAUACUGGCAAAAUCUAUAACUAUGAUAUAUUUUGAUUAUUACUUGUAUGCCUCCCUUUGAUUCAAUUUGAACAUUUUGUUUUUUGUAUGGCUCACUAUGUUUCAUGUGUGGAUGGUUCUGUGUUUUUGAGUGCUAACUAGUAUUAUUGCAUCAAUCAUUCUAUAUGUCAGCAUCUUAUUACAUGGUCAGGCUUUGGUUGAGAACAUUAUAUGGAUUUUGAACUUAAGUAUAGCCGCAUGUUUCACAUGUUCUCUAACUUUUGAAUUUUUCAAUGUAAAGAAACAUUUAAGUUUAUGGUUAGUCCACUCUUUACCACUCUGUCCAUGUGUGUUAAGAGUGUUUAUGGUUCUGUUUAGUGCUAUUCAUCCGUAGAUGUCAAAUAUUUUUGUGAUUGUCAAACUGUUUCAAGUUUAAAGGAAAAUUAAACUUUCUUGCAAUUCUGUUUUCCCCUUCUAUGUGAGUGCAUAUAGUAAGGUGAAUAAAUAGGACAUAACCACAAACUAUUUUAUAUAAUCUAUAGAGCAAUAGAAUAUUCUAUACUAUACCAAAUUAGCAAUAAGCAGUGAAAACAAUAUUUGAGGUCCUGAAAGUUCCAAAUUUACAACCCUGUGUACAACAGCUUGUGGCAGAUGAUGAUGAUGAUGAUGAUGAAAUGGCAGAUGAGCACAAAGUUUUUGGAUUUGAUGGCUUUAGGUGGGCCGGCACCUGAAAGGAUCAAUGGAAGGUUGGCUAUGAUUGGUUUUGUAGCAGCAAUGGGGUGGAAAUAGUUAAAGGGCAGGGUUUGGUUGGACAAUUGUCUGGUGGUGGAGUUCCAUGGUUCUUGGGGACAAGUGUGUUCUUGUCACUUACGUCAUUGAUUCCAUUUUUUGCAAGGUGUUAGUGUUGAGUCUAAAUCAAAAAGUAUCAUGUCCUCAGAUGCAGAGUUGUGAAAUGGAAGAAUUGCUAUGUUGGGUUAGAUUGCAUUGGCCUUCACAGAGUAUGUUAAGGGUACAUCCCUUGUGUAAUAGAGUUCUUUGGGGACAUAUUUAAGGUUUUUAGGGUUUGUAGUUAGAAGCCAAUCUAGGAAUCGAUUAUGUAUACUUAUGUAGUUCAAAGUUCCAAGAAUGUAGUUGAACUUUCUCUAAUUUCUUUAUAAAACAAUUCUUAGUGUGCCUCUUGAUGUUUACUUUCCUACUAGAAUCAUCCUCACAUAGACCAUAGGGAAUAACAUGACAAUAUUAUUGGCAUUGUGUCUUUUAACAAAACCUGUAUUGCUUUUUUUGCUGUUGCGAGAUAUACUAUUUUCUUGUGUUGUCAAUCACAGAUCAUACAAAAU